GCCCCGCUAUCUCAGACGGUCCUGCCGCGGUCCUUCGCGCGGCGCGGCCUCAGGACAUCAGAAGUCUGAUCGCCCGCCUGACCCGGCCCACCACCAUGGACUUGGAUUGCGAGGUCUGCUUGGAGGAGUUGAACCAGACGGGCCGCGUCCCCAAGGUGGUGCCGUGUGGGCACACGGUGUGCCUGCAGUGCCUGCAGUGCCUGCCCAGACCGACGCGAUGCCCCUCGUGUCGCGCCGCCUUCACUGUCGCCCCCGAGUCCCUCCCCAACAACUUUUCACUGCUGCGUGUGAUGGAUCGCCGGGGCGACUCUAGCAGCUGGGCGGCCCGCCACUGGUGCCUGGACUGCCGCGCGGCUGCCAAGCGCCGCUGCUGGGAGGAGCACGAGAUGGUGGGCACCAGGACCGCGCUGAGGCGCCUGUUGGAGGGCACGCUGCCGCUGGCCUCGCGCCAGCUGGAGGGCCUGCCGGGCGUCCUCCAGGAGGAGCAGACGCUGCUGGCGCUCACCCUGAUGGCCGGGGACGAGUGGGAGGUCACCCUGCGGGGAACAGGCCGAGUCGUGUCUGCGACUCUCCACAACUCCGAGGAUCCUCUGACCAAGACGCUGUGGCUCCUCUUGGCGGCGAGGGCAGCCAUCGCCGAGCAGGACCAGCAGGCACCAGCAGCACGACCAGGGCCGGCGAGCUCACCAAGUCCACCCAGACACCAUGGGCCUGUACCAAAGGAGCCGUCACCCUCGACCACGGCUAGGCGGGUCGGCACACAACCACCGAGAGCGACACGUCCAGUUGAUCCCCCCGUGAUGCAUGACAUGUUACCUGCUCCUCCACAUCAUCACAUCUUUGAUGGUUUCUUGCAGUACGAACACGCCACCCCACCUACGGGCACCACCACCUCCCGGCGGGAGUUGAAUGUGGCAUCACUCUGCUGUACCGAACGAAACAGCCGGCAGCAGGAGAAGGCGGCAGCGCUUCUAGAAGUGCGGGGGGUGCGGCGGCUGGUCGGCGUGGUCGGCAGCAGCUGCUGGGACCCCGACUGGAGCCUCCAGCUCCUGGAGAGCGCGGCGCCGACGGUGGAGGAGCUCCACGUGAGCCACCCCAGCGAGGCGCACCUGGCCGCGGUGCUCGCCAUGCCGCGGCUGCGGCGGCUGCAGGUGUGGUGCGCGCCGGACGCGUUCGGUUCGCGGCCGCCCGCGCUGCCCGCGGCCGCGCCUGGGCCCGGGCUGCGCUGGCUGACCGCCGUGGGCCUGCCCCUCGCCACGCUGCACGCCCUGCUGAAGUCCCACGGCCGCGCGCUGGAGGUGCUGCAGCUGCUCGUGGGCACGCGGGGCCCGGGGCAGUGGCCGAUGGCCUGCGGGCCCAGCGGCGUCCACCUGGCCGACGUGCUGGUGCACGCCGACCUGCGCGCGCUGUGGCGGCUCGUGCUGCGGCGCAAGGACUGCUGCCACGAGCGCGCCGCCUGCGCCGAGCAGCUCGGCCUGGCGCGCUUCGUGCUGCCCAGGGCCGACGUGCUGUGCGAGACGUGCGACCACGAGGAGCUCGAGAGGUUCUAGUCCACCCGGGUCCCACGGGGAAUGUGAAUAUGUACACCCCCAGAAAAUCGUUUCCUUGACACUAUUGAAUCUUGGGGAAUCAGCCUUGAAUGAACGAAAUUGACCUUAAAUAAACAUAACGAAACUUGUUCUUUUGAUCAAGGGGAAAUUUUCCUUAAUUGUGGGAAAAAUCUUCAACUAAAUAAAGUUUUUGACGCUGGA